AUGGCCGAGUCACCGAAACCGAGCCAAAUCGAAGAUACAAAACCAGAUUCUACUAUCCAGCAGCCGCCUACCAGGCGUAAACCACCCAAGCUACGAAAGAAACAGGCUGCGGCCGAAGAAACAAACAAACAACAAUCCGGUAAUCCAGAUACAGCAGAGAGCCCAUCGUCGGAUAAACCACAGACCUCUCCGCCCAACGAAGCCCGUGAGCCAGAGAGCAUGGAUGCCAACCAGGGGGAUACUGAAAGUGUCGAUGCUCAAUCCUCGGGACCGGAGAUGCAGCCCGAGCCACAGGCAGCACCAGCUCCCAGACCAGAGACAAUGGAGGCAGAUCAGCCAGCUCAGAAUCUCCCACGACGUAGACGACGUCGGCGGGGACAGCAAGAGAUGGUUCCCCUGGGUAAUGUCGGGGACGUCGGGAACACAGUAAACGAGGCUGGGGAGCUUGUACAAGCCGCGGGGUCCAAAGCUGUCAACACGGUCACCGAUACCGCUGGAAAGGUGGUCGGUGGUGCUCUUUCUGGAGGGCAGUCGGAGGAUAAGAAAGGCAAGGACGAGCAGCUACGGCUACGGCUGGACUUAAACCUGGAUAUUGAAGUCCAACUUAAGGCAAAGAUCCAUGGCGAUCUGACUCUCCAGCUACUGUAA